CGUAUAUGACAGGGAUUUGGUGGGCUUUCAUCAUCCAUCCAUAGUUCCUUCCCCUGUCUCUCAUUCCGCCUCCGCCUCCGCCUCCGCCUCCGCCAGCGACGCCUCUCUCUCCCCCACCACUCAGGCAAAAGUCAUGCAAGGAGCUAUUCAAUCCCUCCGAUCUCAUGGCAGCAUUCUCAAACGUGCAGUCUUGCAGCAUAUUCGUGUCAUACCAGAUUCGGUUACACGACCCUCUCCACGUUUUUUCUCUGCGCCAUCUUCCUCGAGUCGUCUGGAAGAGCAUGGGUUUGAGAGCACGACUAUCUCUGACGUUCUGAAAGGCAAGGGUAAAAGUGCUGAUGGAUCUUGGCUUUGGUGCACGACAGAUGACACCGUUUAUGAUGCAGUGCAGUCUAUGACACAACAUAAUGUGGGAGCUUUGGUGGUGGUCAAGCCGGGGGAACAAAAAUCAAUUGCUGGAAUUAUCACUGAAAGAGGAUAUUUUUUUCUGACAGAUUAUCUUAGGAAGAUUAUUGUGCAGGGAAGAUCAUCCAAGUCUACUAAAGUUGGUGACAUCAUGACAGAAGAGAACAAGCUAAUUACGGUAACCCCAGAUACCAAGGUUCUUCGGGCGAUGCAACUGAUGACAGAUAACCGCAUCAGGCACAUUCCGGUCAUUGAUGGGAAAGACAUGGUGGGCAUGGUGUCUAUCGGGGAUGUUGUUCGUGCAGUUGUUAGUGAGCACCGUGAUGAGCUGGAUCGCCUGAAUGCUUAUAUUCAAGGGGGUUACUAGAGAAUGGGAACGGUGAUGAUGAUGAUGAAAAUCUCUUGGUAGGUGUCUUUUGAAGGUUCGAACUGACGAUGUUAGACGUCUUUGUAUAUACACAUGUUAGUCUUCUUGCUUGUCUUGAUGCUUCCUUUCGAUCCUUGUUUUUCCUUCACAAUGUUCGCUUGUUAAAUAGAAACGUGAAUCCUGAAUGACUGCCAUUAGGUUAAGCAUGGAGCUAUUCCUAAUGGAAAUGGCAUAUGACUUUGCGGAAGAUGAGCAGUUUGAUGCAUCUGAUAAAUGAUUCUUCCAUAUACUUGAAAUCCGAUGCAUGCAUUCGUUGCCUUA